AUGACGAGGCAGGCCACGCGGUUCACGCCUGAAGUGCUGAUUUCGGCCCCGCGUCGUUCAACUGGAGUCCCAAACUCCACUGGGGAGCUCGUUCUCUACACGAUCUCGUCGUACUCAUUCGAAAGCCAUUCCAAGUCGUUCCAGAUCCGUGUUCUCAAUAUCAAAGAUGACUCUUCCCACCUCGUUUCCGAGGACGCUCAUGUUAGCGAUCCUAUUUGGAUUGGAGAGAAAGAAAUUGCUUUGAUUAGAACAAACGAUAAUGGAUGCUCAUCUCUCUACCAGCAGCAUGCCUUGGAUGGUUCCGAGGCACGCUUGAUCAAAUCUUUUGCAGGCAGCAUCUCUAACCCAAAGGCAAAAGCACUAUCUGAUGGCAAGGUUGCGUUCAUUUGCUCCGCAUUGACUACGCCCAAGGGCAACAUGUAUUGGCAGGCAACCGAGCCCAAGACAUACACAACUGCUAAGAUAUAUACUGGCCUUUUCGUUCGCCAUUGGGAUGCCUGGAACACCGAGAAUCAGAACUCGCUUUGGUAUGGCGUGAUUACCAAGAAAUAUGGUAGAUGGGCGUUUGAGAAUGAUGGGCUCACAAACCUCUUGGCGGGUACACAACUGAGCUCACCUGUCCCUCCUUUUGGUGGAGCAGGGGACUUUGACAUCUCAGAGAAUGGAAUCGCCUUUGUUGCUAAGGAUCCAGAGUUGAACCCGGCGAGAAACACCAAGACAGAUCUGUACUACGUACCCAUCAGAUCUUGGACAGACAAGCCUCCUCAGCCACAGAUCGUCAAGACUGGACGACUGCGCGGCUAUAGUAGUGCGCCUACUUUCUCCAAUGAUGGCAAGAGGUUGGCAUUUGCUAGAAUGAAGCACCAGCAGUAUGAAUCUGAUAAGACAAGACUUUUGUUGAUCCCCAACGUGGACGACUUAAGUAACGUUCAAGAGUUUUACCAGACAGACGAUGAUGAGGGCGGCUGGGAUUUGAGGCCUGAUUGGGUCGUUUGGAAAAAAGACGACACCGAGCUGUAUGUUGCGGCUGAGAAACAUGGGAGAUCAAUGCUUUGGAAAUUACCGUCUGAUACUCUGAAAGCCCGUGAUCUUCCCGAGGCCAUUCACAAAGAAGGGUCUGUCGUUGAGGCACACACUCUGGAAGGCAGUGACUCUCUCUUCAUUACAUCCAAGUCGCGAAUCGAGAGCUCGAGCUACGGAGUCCUGGACCCAGAGACCAAGGUUGUCAAAGUGAUCUCCACCAGUUCCAAGAACGGCAAGACAUUCGGUCUCUCCACGUCGCAAGUGGCAGAGAUUUGGUUCCCGGGAUCCGCCGGCUAUGACAACCACGCUCUUGUGAUGCUGCCUUCCCACUUCGACAAAAGCAAGAAGUAUCCUUUGGCCUUCCUAAUACAUGGCGGCCCUCAAUCAGCGUGGACAGAUGAUUGGAGUACUCGUUGGAACCCGGCCAUCUUCGCUGAGCAGGGCUAUAUAGCUGUGUGUCCCAACCCCACUGGCAGUACAGGAUACGGGCAAGCUCAUAUUGAUGCGAUUACCAACCACUGGGGAGGUGCUCCAUACGAAGAUCUGGUGAAGUGUUUUGAGUAUCUCGAGAACCAUGUCGAUUAUGUUGAUACGGAUCGAGCUGUUGCUUUGGGAGCCUCGUACGGUGGAUACAUGAUUAACUGGAUUCAAGGUCAUGAUUUGGGCCGUAAGUUUAAAGCCUUAGUGUGCCAUGAUGGCGUUUUCUCAACACAAAACCAAUGGUCCACCGAAGAGCUCUUCUUCCCCGAGCAUGAUUUCGGUGGAACAUUGUGGGAGAACCGUGCUGGAUAUGAGAAGUGGGAUCCGUCUCUGCACACUGGCAAUUGGUCCACCCCUCAGCUGGUCAUUCAUAACGAACUCGACUACCGACUGCCCAUCUCAGAAGGAUUGGCCAUGUUCAAUGUCUUGCAGGCUCGUGAAGUGCCUAGCAAGCUCGUCAUGUUCCCUGAUGAGAAUCAUUGGGUGCUGAAGCCGGAGAACUCACUCGUUUGGCAUAGAGAGGUCCUGGAUUGGAUCAACAAGUACAGUGGCAUCGCAGAUGAUCAGGCCAAGCUUGAGAAACAGACUGAGGUGAUGACUAUAUGA